AUACUUUGUAUCUGCAGAGAAGUGGAGGCUGGGUAGGAAAGUGGGCUUAAGAAAGAAAUCUCUCCCCUGAACUGUUUACCCUGACGUCAGUUUGCAGAACUAGCUCUGCCCCGUCCCUCUCAGUGUCUCUGAAACUCCACUCAGUGAAAACUGGAGGAAUAGAUGGGCUCGGCUCUGCUGCCUGCGAGCCUGGACCUCACGGAGUGAAUGAAAUGAUUCCUUCUGCUCAUUUAAAGUGGACUAAAACAGCUACACGAUGAACACCUGCGCCUUUCUGCUGAUUUUGACUGUUCAGAUCUACGCCGAUGGCAUCGAGGGUCCAACAGCUGCUGGCUGCACGUUUGAGGAGGAUUCAGACCCCAGUCUGUGUGACUUCACCCAGGGAGAAGAGGAUGACUUUGACUGGCUGCUGUUUCGGACGUACAGUUCACCUUACGCCAGCUCUGACCUCCUGCGGGGAUCCUACAUGUUGGUGAACUCCUCUCAGCAUGCCGUGGGUCAUCGUGCUCAGCUGCUGCUGCAGACGUUGAGUGAAAAUGACACACACUGCGUCCAGUUCAGUUACUUCCUUUACAGUCGCGAUGGCCACAGUCCUGGGGCCUUGCAGGCAUACGUGCGAGUCAACGGCGGUCCGCUCGGCAAUCCGGUGUGGAACACAUCGGGGACUCAUGGCAAGCAGUGGCACCAGGUUGAACUGGCUGUCAGCACCUUUUGGCCUAAUGAAUACCAGGUUCUGAUUGAGGCAACAGUUUCCAGGGAGCGGCGAGGCUACAUUGCUAUAGAUGACAUCAUGGUGCUCAACUAUCCGUGCUACAAGGCGCCGCACUUCUCCAGACUAGGAGAUGAGGAGGUCAAUGCUGGGCAAAAUGCCACUUUCCAGUGUGUUGCUGCUGGAAGGGCAUCAGAGGCUGAGAAGUUCCUGCUGGAGAGACACAAUGGGGACAUUUUAACAAUGGCGUCAGUCAAGCACUUGAGUCACCGGCGCUUUGUGGUAUCCUUCCAGCUAGACAGCGUUCAGCGAGCAGAUCAAGACCUUUACCGCUGUGUCACUCAGUCCUCCAGGGGCUCUGGGGUCUCAAACUUCGCUGAACUCAUUGUCAAAGUCCCUCCAUCCCCCAUUGCGCCACCUCAGCUGCUGCGUGCCGGCUCCACUUACCUGAUCAUCCAGCUCAACACCAACUCUAUCCUGGGAGAUGGCCCCAUUAUCAGGAAGGAGAUCGAGUACCGCGCCAGCCAGUCUCCGUGGUCAGAGGUGCACGGAGUCAACAUGGUCACCUACAAGCUGUGGCACCUCGAUCCGGACACAGAGUAUCACAUCAGUGUGCUGCUGACUCGGCCAGGAGAGGGAGGAACUGGCCCUCCUGGACCACCUCUAGUGAGCAGGACCAAGUGUGCAGAGCCCAUGCGUGCAUUGCGGGACCUCACAGCCACAGACAUCCAGGCCAGACAGUUGACCCUGCAGUGGGAGAAUUUGGCUUUCAACCUGACACGCUGCCACACCUACUCAGUGUCCCUAUGCUACCGCUACACCACAGCGGGAGGAGGCGGAGGCCACAACACCACCGUGCGUGAAUGCCUGGCGGUGGAACAUAACGCGUCACGCUUCACGCUGCGUGACCUGCCACCCUACCAUGGCAUCCAUGUCCGCCUGUCACUGAGCAACCCAGAGGGGAAGAAGGAGGGCAGAGAGGUGACCUUCCAAACCGAGGAGGACAUUCCUGGAGGCAUUGCACCAGAGUCGCUCACCUUCACCCCACUGGAUGACAUGAUCUUCCUAAAAUGGGAGGAGCCUGUUGAGCCCAAUGGUCUUAUUACCCAGUAUGAGAUCAGUUACCAGAGUACAGAGUCAUCUGAUCCAGGCAUUAAUGUCCCAGGACCUAGAAGAACUGUGUCAAAGCUGAAGAAUGAGACCUACCACAUGUUCUCUAACCUCCACCCUGGAACUACUUACCUAAUCUCCGUCCGAGCCCGCACAGCCAAGGGCUUUGGCCAGACUGCCCUGACCGAAAUCACCACUAACAUCUCAGCUCCCACCUUUGAUUACGGAGACAUGCCUUCCCCCCUGAGUGAGACUGAAAGCACAAUUACUGUCCUGCUGCGCCCUGCCCAAGGUAGAGGGGCACCUGUCAGCACAUACCAGGUGGUAGUUGAAGAGGAGACAGGGAAGAAAGUGAAAAGGGAACUGGGGCUUCAGGAGUGUUUCCCACUGCCCAUAUCCCACGGUGAGGCCCAGGCCCGGGGCACACCACACUACUACACAGCAGAGCUGCCACCCAGCAGCCUCCCGGAGGCCAGUCCCUUCACUGUGGGUGACAACCACACUUACAAUGGCUACUGGAACAGCCCUUUGGAUCCACGCAAAAGCUAUCUUGUCUACUUCCAGGCUAUGAGCAACUUCCGAGGGGAAUCCAGAAUAAACUGCAUCCGCAUCGCUCGCAAAGCGGCCUGCAAAGAUCACCGCAAAGCUCUAGAGGUGUCCCAAAACUCAGAAGAGAUGGGUCUGAUUCUCGGGGUGUGCGCCGGAGGUCUGGUAGUACUCAUCCUGCUGCUGGGUGCCGUCAUCAUCAUCAUCAAGAAAGGAAGGGACUACUACUCUUACUAUCCGAAACCAGUGAACAUGAAUAAGACACCCAUUACCUACCGGCAGGAGAAGAGCCAUAUGGGCUCCAUGGAGCGCAGUUUCACAGACCAGAGCACCCUACAAGAGGAUGAGAGAAUGGCUCUUUCCUUCAUGGAUGCACACACCUGCGGCACACGCAGUGAUGCUCGUAGUUCAGUGAAUGAAGCCAGUAGCCUGCUGGGAGGCUCGCCCAGGCACCAGUGUGGACGUAAAGGCUCCCCCUACCACACAGGGCAGCUCCACCCUGCUGUCCGUGUGGCCGACCUCCUCCAGCACAUCAACCAGAUGAAGACUGCCGAGGGCUACGGCUUUAAACAGGAAUACGAGAGCUUCUUUGAUGGCUGGGACUGCACAAAGAAGAAAGACAAAACCAAAGGGAGGCAUGACACCUUGCUUGGAUAUGACCGCCACAGAGUCAAGCUCCACCCUCUCCUGGGAGACCCCAACUCAGACUACAUUAAUGCUAACUACAUUGAUAUUCGGAUUAACAGGGAAGGCUAUCAUCGAUCCAACCACUUCAUCGCCACUCAGGGACCCAAGCAGGAGACUUUGUAUGAUUUUUGGAGGAUGGUGUGGCAGGAAAAUUGUUUCAGCAUUGUCAUGAUCACUAAGCUGGUGGAGGUUGGCAGGGUGAAAUGUUGUAAAUACUGGCCGGAUGACAGUGAGAUGUACGGUGACAUUAAAAUCACUCUGCUUAAGACAGAGACGCUGGCUGAAUACACAGUUCGCACCUUUGCCUUGGAGAGGAGAGGAUAUUCAGCCAAGCAUGAGGUGCGUCAGUUUCACUUCACAUCCUGGCCUGAGCACGGCGUGCCCUAUCAUGCUACUGGGCUGCUGGCCUUUAUACGAAGAGUGAAAGCCUCUACACCUCCCGAUGCUGGCCCUGUGGUGGUCCAUUGCAGUGUGGGGGCAGGCCGCACAGGCUGCUACAUCGUGCUGGAUGUAAUGUUGGACAUGGCCGAGUGUGAAGGCGUGGUGGAUAUCUACAACUGUGUCAAAACCCUCUGCUCUCGACGCAUCAACAUGAUUCAGACAGAGGAGCAGUAUAUCUUUAUCCAUGAUGCCAUUCUGGAGGCCUGUCUCUGUGGAGAGACGGCCAUCCUGGUGAACGAGUUUGCCGUCACUUACAAGGAAAUGCUGCGAGUGGACUCCCAGAGUAAUUCCUCCCAACUACGGGAAGAGUUCCAGACACUCAAUUCUGUAACUCCUCACCUGGAUGUGGAAGAGUGCAGUAUUGCUCUGUUGCCCAGAAACCGGGAGAAGAACCGCAGCAUGGAUGUUCUGCCGCCUGAUCGCGCCCUAGCAUUCCUGGUUACGACAGAAGGGGAGAGCAACAAUUACAUCAAUGCUGCUCUCGCUGACAGCUUCCACCGGCAAGCCGCUUUCAUUGUGACCCCUCACCCUCUGCCUGGGACUACAGCAGACUUUUGGAGGCUGGUCUUUGACUAUGGUUGCACAGCCGUGGUCAUGCUCAACCAACUCAACCAGUCAAACUCUGCUUGGCCGUGUGUUCAGUACUGGCCAGAGCCUGGUUUACAGCAGUACGGGCCCAUGGAAGUGGAGUUUCUGUCUAUGUCAGCAGACGAGGAUGUCAUUACUCGUCUGUUUCGGGUCAAGAACGUCACACGGCUCCAAGAGGGCCAGUUGGUGGUGUGUCAGUUCCAGUUCCUGCGUUGGUCAGCGUACCGUGACGUGGCCGACUCCAAAAAGGCUUUCCUCAACCUGCUGGCUCAAGUGCACAAGUGGCAAAGAGAGUGUGGAGAAGGACGCACUGUUGUCCACUGCCUUAAUGGCGGUGGUCGCAGUGGGACUUUCUGCGCUUGCAACAUUCUCCUUGAAAUGAUCCAGUACCAGAAUAUGGUGGACAUCUUCUAUGCUGUCAAAACAUUACGGAACUGUAAACCUAACAUGGUGGAGUCACUGGACCAGUACCGAUUCUGCUAUGACCUCGUCCUGGAGUACUUGGAUUGCUUUGAAGGGAGAUAGCAACUAAAUGUUUUCCACAGUGGCAGCAUCCCACGUGCUGUGAUCCAGUGACCCCCUUUCUAGCUUAAUGUUCGGACAUGUGGCAUUGAAAGAACUACAAAGGAAGAAGAGGAACAAAACCUGAUUAACUUUUAACCUUUAAUGUACAGCUGUGAUUUCCUCCUCGUUGGUGAUGUUUAUCUCUUUUGAUAUUUUUGUGCUUUUCUUGGUCCUCUUUGCCUAUUGGACUUGUGCUAAGGGUCUCUGUAGCAGCAACACAAUACUCUGAGCUACAGAAUGGACCUGUUUAUCAUGAAGAAGGGUCGAUCUUGGUUGUGUUUCAUCAUUUUAUUCAGGGAGGGGGCUGGAUGAACUUCCAGAAUUAGAGCAGGAUUAUCUAUAUGUGGAACCAUUUUCUUCUCUCUAAGAGCUACACAGCAGUCCACUGUGGUUGUGGCAUGACUUAUCUACCAUACCAUAAACUGCCUUAUUCUCUGAUGUAGGAACAGAUUUAUUCAGAUCCCUGAAUAAAUUUUAAAGAUCGUUAUACUGGUGAAUAAACAGCAACAAGUGAUUUUAAGAAGAGGCUUAAAGCAUCAGGAUCGACCAGCCCAGUUCUCAACAGUACUGAUGCAGAAACUGUACAGUAGUGCAAUGUGUUGUGUUUGUUUGUGCUGGAUUACCAUGCGUGCUAUAGGUGGACACUUCCAGGGACCACAGCACCGGACCUGGUGCCACUACAGGAGAUUCCUGUUUCAUUACAGUCACAGUGCCAAUCCCAAUGAUUGACUUGAAACCUGUCUUUCCUUUGUUCUACUGUACUGCUUUGUCUUGAUAUAUGCCUACAAACAUACAGUAUGUAUAGCAUCAGCUAAUGUUCUUGCUCCAAAGUGAUUGUUUGUAUCCUAUACCCAGCAGGAAAGUAAAAGGAGCAGGGAAAUCUGUUCAGGUGUGUUCAUAUAAUCAUGGAAAAACAGCUUUUGCGUACUCCUCAUUAUUUUGUAGGCCUAUGUGAUGCGCUGUGAUGCCUCUGUGCAGACAGGUGGAGUGGAAAUGCACUGAAAGAUGAUCAUGACCUGUGUUGGUGCAGCUAGUCACUGCUGUGACUGCUUGUGUUUUCAAAUUUCUCAAACUGCACAAUAGCAGAUUAUUCUCAUAUCGAGACACAACAGAUGGCCUAUUUGCUUGGCGAAGUAAGAGCAUGCAGAUACAACUACUGAGAUUGUUAAAAAAACUGUCUGUCAUUGAAGUGUAUCUACUGCUUGCAACUUAGCAUUGUAGCUGAGGUGGUUCCAUUUAUUACAGUACCCCUGUGAGUUGUAGAGGGCCAAAUACUGCACAGAUUAAUACAGAAUACAUAGAGCAAGACCCUUGUUUCACCGCUGUAAUGUGAAUAACUUUAGAAAUGUACUGACAUGCUAUAGUGAUGGUGUGAAACAUGAUGUUCCAUUACAUUACAGGUUUCAGUCUGUGACUCUUUUACUCCUUUGUUGCCUGAGGCAUCUGGUUGUACUGUAAAUUGUCAAAGCAAACCAAGCCAAUGAAGUAGGGGGUUCAUUUUGUCAAUGUUAUAAAAUUUUAGAACAUUGACAAAAUGAACCCCCUACUUAAUGGGGCAUUAACACUGUGUAAAGGGAAAUAUUAGCUAUUUUGCAUCACCACUAAACUAAAAACAGUAUUUCAAACUGUAGGAAUAGUAAGAAAUAGUUCUACAUGGAUCUGGCUGCUUAGUUAUCACAGACUAGUUUCACAAAGAAAAUCCAUUAUUUUUCACGUACUGGCCAAUGCCUAGAGAUCAUUAGAACUGUUAACGUCCAAAUCAAUGGAAGCAACUUUGCCAGAGAGAAACAUAAUGAUCUGAGAGAGCUUUGCAAAAUCUACAGAAAAGACUUCACCACACUAGGCAUUUUUUUCUUUGUAUUUGUCCCACAAUUUUUCUUUCAGAAUCAAGAACAUAUUUAUUCUGUAAUCUAUUAUUAUCCUUAAAGGAGGCCAAUCAAGGUGUCACUCCCGAACCUGCCCUAAUAAACAAAGAGAGACACCUUGAAGCCCAUAGAAGUUGAAAAAUGGCAGCUAGGUGAACUCUGCUGCUAGUUUGCAGCUCACAGUCUGGUCACACCAAAAUAUGUGAGGAAUCUAACAAUAUACCAACAUCACCAGACUCCCACAGCUUCACUGAUAGAGCAGUUUGUUUUCUAUGUGGAUGCAAAAUGAGGUAGCGAUAGUGUAUUCAGUGAUCUGACAGAAAAUCACAUGAAGAAGUGCCUGGACACUUUUUCAUGAGGAUGGAAGGAAUGUGUACAUACAGAUGUAUAUUAUGUUAUGUGAAUACUAUGUGAAUAAUAUCCUAUAUGUUUUCCCAAAGUAAAGACGUACAGUAAGUAACCACUACAUAACCACGAAGCUGAAUGUGCUGUAAAUCACCAUUUUGUGAGUUUAUUGCCAGAACGCCCAAGUGUGAAUUGAGUGUUCAUCCCAGCUCUUUGAGUAAAACAGAUCUGUCACAGUUUGAAUCCAGUCUGCCUCGCAUUUCUUUCAAUUUAUUUCAAAAUAUCCUGAUCCACAUCUUUAAUUUCACCCAUUAUGUUUUCCAGCAGCUGCGAUCACUGUGGCAUUGUGCUUUUACCAUUCCAAAGCAUUUUGUUAUGACUGUACUCUGAGUGACGGCGACUGCACCAUGGAUUCCACUUGCCUGUUUCUGUAUGAACCAAUGGUACAUGACUGCUGUGUUUGACCAUUGUAUUUAUGAGGGAGACAGAGACAACUGAUGUAUUUCAGGGUAGGGAAGGGGUUUGUGCUGAAAAAAUAACAGCGAAUAACAAUAAAAGAAGUGGG